AUGCGGGUUCGUUUUUUGAAUAGCUCGGUUAAGUCGUUGAAAGUAGGGACAAGAUUGUAUUCAGUUUCACCUAGUCAUAUACCAUCUUUGAGUUCGGUGAAGAAAACUGUUCCUAUAUCCACUUUACUAGAGCAUUAUAAUAGAUUACAUUGGGAUGACACGGUUACUAAAGAUGAUGAAUUCGUUAAACGAUUGAGGGAGGGCAUUCUUGAUGGCAGUAGAGCUUGUCUUGCAUCAGCUAUCACACUGGUGGAGUCGAAAAAUCCUAAAAAGAGAGCUCAAGGCAAUGUUUUGUUGAAGUUAGUCUUGGAAGAAGAGAGGCAGAGGCAUAAGGAACACGGUCAAAACGCUAUGAUUUUCCGUAUCGGAAUUUCUGGUAGUCCCGGUGUUGGAAAGUCAUCCUUCAUUGAAGCUAUGGGUAAAGAGCUAACGGAAGAACGAAACUUAAAAGUAGCUGUGUUAACGAUUGAUCCCACGAGUGCGAUCACUGGAGGAUCUGUCCUUGGUGAUUUGACUAGAAUGCAAGAACUAUCUCGGAAUCCUAAAGCGUAUAUCCGUCAAUCUCCUACUAGCGGGUCUCUAGGAGGAGUAACUCGAGGAAUUCAUGAAGCUAUUAUACUAUGUGAAGCUGCUGGAUACGAUGUUGUUAUUGUCGAAACUGUUGGUGUUGGACAAAGUGAAACUGCGGUUUCUAACAUGUGUGACAUGUUUUGUUUGUUAUUGUCUCCAGCACAUGGGGAUGAACUUCAAGGAGUGAAGCGUGGAAUAAUGGAACUGAGCGAUGUACUGGUAGUUACCAAAGAUGAUGGACAACUGAAGGCUGAUGCAAAGCUCACCCAAGCUGAGUAUAUUUCUGCAUUGAAGUACAUGCGACCAAGAAUCCCAGUGUGGACACCAAGAGUUCUAAGAUCUUCCAUCAUGAACCCCAAAUCCAUAUCAGCAGUCUGUGAUAACAUGUUUGACUUCUGGAAAACUAUCGGAGAAUCAGGAGACUUGAGAAAAAUACGUGAGAAACAGCUGAACCAGUGGAUGUGGAGUCACGUCAAGGAUGAAAUCAUGUCUGUGUUCAUACGUCAUCCUAAGAUCAACGAACUGGCUCCUAAGCUUGAAGCUGACAUUAAGAACGGAUUAACAACGCCUGGACUGGCUGCAGAAACUAUGAUCAGAACUUUUUUCAAUGUUUGA